AUGGUAUUGGAAAGUACAAUGAUAUGUGUAGACGACAGCGAUUAUAUGCGGAACGGCGAUUUUCCUCCAACAAGAUUACUUGCUCAACAAGAUGCCGUAUACAUGUUAACCCGAUCAAAGCUUCGUUCUCAUCCAGAAAAUAAAGUAGGUUUAUUAUCCCUAGUGAAUCAAGAAGUGCUAAUGAAUCUUACCAACGAUAUCGGACGAUUAUAUUCCAAACUUCAUUCAGUACAACCUAAUGGAAAAAUAGAUUUAUAUCGUGGAAUUAAAACAGCCCACUUGGCUCUAAAACAUAGAGAAGCUAAAAAUCAUAAAACACGCAUUACUGUUUUUGUUGCUAGCCCUGUAACUAACGAAGAAAAUAAAUUAUUACAGCUUGCUAAACAGCUUAAAAAAGAAAAAGUUACAGUGGAUAUCAUUAGUUUCGGAGAAGAUAAAGUAAACAGUGAUAUACUAAAUGAAUUCAUUUCUACACUCAACGGAAAAGAUGGUUCCAACAAUCAUUUGAUAACAAUUGCAGAAGGUCGUAAUAUAUCAGACACCUUACUUACCACUCCUCUACUAGAAAGUGCUGCUGCAGCUGAAAAUUUAUUGGAGCAAACACCAAUGGACAUUGGAUUUGAUUAUGAAGAUGAUCCAGAGUUAGCAAUGGCGUUGUUUCUUUCUCUGAGAGAAGAAGAGGCCCGCAUAAAUAGAGCUAACGCUGCAAACGCAGUGACUCAAGAAAGUAACGAAUCGAUGGACCAUGAUGAACAAAACAACGCAGCUGAAAAUGAUAUUGAUUUCUCACAGCUUACUGAUGGUCAACAACUCAUUUAUGCUAUAAGAAUGUCAUUACAAAAUGAACAUAAUUCCGUUGCAGAAAACGUUGAAUUUUUAGAAAUGUUGAACGAUCCGAUUUUCAUUGAAAAUUUCAUCAAUAAUUAUCCAGAGCUUGAUUUAAAAUUAGAAGAUGUAUCAGAAGCUGUACAAACUUUAUAUAAAAAUAACAAAUUCAAAGAAGACGAAAAUGACGAAGAAGAACAUUGA